AUGGCAGGGAACACGGGCAUGGAACAGUUAAUCCCAAUCGUGAACAAGCUGCAGGAUGCGUUCACACAACUUGGGGUGCACAUGCAACUUGAUCUACCACAAAUCGCGGUGGUAGGUGGUCAGAGCGCUGGAAAAAGUUCCGUUCUCGAGAACUUUGUCGGGAAGGAUUUCUUACCCAGAGGAUCCGGCAUUGUAACCAGAAGACCGCUUAUCUUGCAAUUGAUUAACAGUACAACCGAAUAUGCCGAAUUUCUACAUUGUAAAGGUAAAAAGUUUGUGGAUUUUGAUGAAGUACGGAAGGAAAUCGAAGCGGAAACAGAUAGACUUACGGGCAGUAAGAAGGGUAUUUCCAAUAUACCUAUAAAUUUAAGAGUAUAUUCACCAAAUGUUCUGAACCUGACAUUGAUUGAUUUACCUGGUCUUACAAAAGUACCAGUUGGAGAUCAGCCAGCAGAUAUUGAAGAACAAAUUAAAUCUAUGAUUUUUCAGUUCAUAAGAAGGGAAAAUUGUCUCAUAUUGGCUGUAACUCCAGCAAAUACUGAUUUAGCGAAUAGCGAUGCUCUUAAACUUGCUAAAGAAGUAGAUCCUGAAGGUGUACGUACAAUUGGUGUUAUUACAAAAUUGGAUCUUAUGGAUGAUGGUACUGAUGCAAGAGAUAUUUUGGAAAACAAACUACUCCCCUUAAGGCGAGGUUAUAUUGGUGUUGUUAAUAGAAGUCAGAAAGAUAUUGAAGGCAGAAAAGAUAUAAAGAAUGCUUUAGCAGCGGAAAGAAAGUUUUUCCUAAGCCAUCCAUCUUACCGGCAUUUAGCAGAUAGAUUAGGAACACCAUACUUGCAACGAGUUUUAAAUCAACAGCUGACAAAUCAUAUCAGGGAUACUUUACCAGCGUUAAGAGAUAGGUUGCAAAAGCAGUUGCUUGCAUUGGAAAAGGACGUAGAACAAUACAAACAUUACAGACCUGAUGAUCCUGCUAUAAAAACAAAGGCUAUGUUGCAGAUGAUACAACAGCUUCAGUCAGAUUUUGAAAGGACUAUAGAAGGUUCCGGAUCUGCGCAAAUCAAUACAAUGGAACUUAGCGGUGGUGCUAAAAUUAAUAGAUUAUUCCAUGAACGUUUCCCAUUUGAAAUAGUCAAAAUGGAAUUUGAUGAAAAAGAAUUAAGAAGAGAAAUUGCAUUUGCUAUUAGGAACAUUCAUGGUAUCAGGGUAGGACUGUUUACUCCUGACAUGGCCUUUGAGGCAAUAGUCAAGAAACAAAUCAAUAGACUCAAAGAACCUAGUCUAAAAUGUGUAGACUUAGUUGUACAGGAACUCAGUAAUGUUGUACGCAUUUGUACAGAUAGGAUGUCACGUUAUCCUAGAUUGAGGGAAGAAACAGAACGAAUUAUUACCACUCAUAUUAGGCAGCGUGAGCAGAUGUGCAAGGAGCAGUUAGUGCUUUUGGUUGACUGUGAACUUGCUUACAUGAAUACGAAUCAUGAAGAUUUUAUCGGUUUCGCCAACGCGGCAGCCAGUAGCCAUAAUGCAAGUGCCCAACAGUCAUCGGAAAAUGCCGUUAAAUCUGGUCGCCAUACAUUAGGCAAUCAAGUAAUACGCAAAGGAUACAUGUGUAUUCACAAUCUUGGUAUAAUGAAAGGUGGUUCCAGAGAUUAUUGGUUUGUCUUAACAUCAGAGAGUAUUUCUUGGUUCAAGGAUGAAGAAGAGCGCGAAAAGAAAUAUAUGCUGCCUUUAGACGGUUUGAAAUUGCGUGAUUUAGAGCAGGGAUUUAUGUCUCGGCGUCAUUUGUUUGCUUUGUUCAAUCCAGAAGGCAGGAAUGUUUAUAAGGAUUACAAACAGCUUGAAUUGAGUUGUGAAACACAAGAUGAUGUUGACUCCUGGAAGGCAUCAUUCCUUAGAGCCGGUGUAUAUCCCGAAAAAUCGACGGAGCAAACAAAUGGAGAAGGAGAAGAAGGAUACGAGGGUGGAUCGGAAGCUCAGUCAUCUAUGGAUCCUCAACUGGAGCGUCAAGUGGAAACUAUUAGGAAUUUAGUAGAUUCGUACAUGAAGAUUGUUACAAAAACUACUCGUGAUCUAGUUCCAAAGACUAUUAUGCAUUUGAUCAUCAAUAAUGCAAAGGAUUUUAUUAAUGGAGAGUUGUUAGCACACUUGUACGCGAGUGGUGAUCAGACUUCAAUGAUGGAAGAGUCGCCCGAAGAAGCACAAAAACGAGAAGAAAUGUUACGCAUGUAUCAUGCGUGCAAAGAAGCACUCCGCAUCAUUGGGGAUGUUUCCAUGGCAACGGUUUCUACCCCUGUGCCACCACCAGUGAAAAAUGACUGGCUGGCGUCCGGCGAAAACCCAAGUCUUGGGUUAUCACCACCAUCUCCUGGUGGACCCAGACGUGGAGUGACACAGCCACCACCUCUUUCUAGUUCUCGAGCUCCACCGCCAGUUCCAACUGGUGGUCGGCCAGCACCGGCCAUCCCCAACCGACCUGGACCCGGUGGACCACCACCGGCCCGUGCUACACCUGGCCUACCACCUCCGCUAAUACCAUCGCGCCGACAAUAAGUCUUCGCACUAACUCGUCUAUUACCUACUAAUCAAUAUACAUAAUAUAAUAUAUCGAUUACAUCUACUCAGUGUACAUUUUACACGAAAUACAAUUUCCUAACGCUAUAUGUUCUGUCUGCAUAUAUUACAGAUUACGUGGUCACUGUUAAUUAGGGGUGUGUAAUUAGUUGCCAUUAGUUCGUGGUUCGGGGAUCCGGGAAGAGAUCUUAGGAGUACUGAAUGACGAUUUAUUGUAUCCAAGUUUCAUUUCAACUGAUUCAAUUGUCUUCUAAAAAAGAAACCAAGAUAUAAUUUCUCGUACUAUUUAAAUCGUUUACGUUCCCUAAGAAUCAUCUCCGAAACAUGUUAUACUCGGUUUCAAGGUCGCGUGCUCGACAUCUACGAGAAAUCUUACGAACAUGUUUCUUCUACGCCCCUAAUUAAAAGUCCUAAUUGUCUACGAUUGAUCGGUAACCGAGAAAAGUGAACUAGACGUUAUGAAUCACGCUCAUUCGUAAUAAAAAAAUGAAUAUAUAAUAGGUAGAGUGAAUAUAUUUCUUUCAUUGUAAAUUAGUUCGAUGGAAUUGUACAUGAUGCUUGUAUAUACAACUAGAAACGUUGUAAAAUAAAUGGUCCUGGGUUCUUAUCACAGGUGGAUAUGUAUUCAUUCGCUUACUAACAGCAUGACAUUUUGAUUAAUGAAAACGAAAAACAUAAAACAGCUGCUCCUCGUGAGACUCGUUUUCCAAGUGUCUGUCGAACAAUCGUUUCAAAUAUUCUACAUGAAUAAAAUUAAAUACAAUACACAAUGGUCUUGCAACAAAUUUUGCAGCCGAAAGCUUUCCUAAUACCGUUGCUUUUCUGUUCUUGUUUAUUCUACAAGCCUUCGCUAAAAUCAUUUUGAAUCUUGUCAAUUAUUAAUUACGAACGAAUAUGUCGGUGCCUGCAUUAGAUCAUUCACACCUUUUUUUUCUAAUUGGAAUUUCAUUGUACACGCGAUUGUAAGUUGAUGAUUCUACGUGGUAGCGUGCAUUUCGUUUCCGAACCGUACGUUCGAAUAUUAAACACACUUGUUCAGGAUGUGCAGUAUGUUCGGUUUAAAAGUAUAGAAAACAAUAACUUUGUACAUUCCGUUGAUCUUUUAGAAAUAGUUCUUUAAAUUUUCAUUGUGAUAGUAAAUUUAAAGUUCUCCGAAAUAAGACCCGUACAUUUAUCGAUAACAUUAAAUUUUUUUCUACUCUAUAAACUAGCCUUGUACAAAAAGAAAAAGAUGGUAACGUCA